AUGGAAGAUUGCUGUUCUUUCUCCACAGGGCUGAAUGCCACAAUGUUUAGAGGAGUCGCUUAUGGUGCCAAAGAUACAUUUACUCUUCUGUUGACAAGAUCUCAAUACUAUAACCCAGGGUUGAAUUUUUCAUCCAUAUGGGCUGAAGUAGCAAACAGAAGCUUCCCAGUAUAUUCCACUUACACAACUGAUACAAAAUCAAGAGAGGAAAAUAAAAAAACCAUUGACAGUCUCUAUAGAUUAUCAGUUGACAUUAAGAAGAUACGAAGAGUAAAGGAAUGGGUCCUUCUCCAGGAUGUGGCCUAUGUUAAAGAAAUUUCUGGUAUCUUACAAGAAAUGGGAGCGGAUGAGACUGCUGUAGCCAACAUUUUAGAACGCUAUCCAGAGGCAAUUCUCCAUACCCCUGCAGAGAUAAACUCUCAGAGAGCUCUAUGGCAAUUAGUAUGCCAGAAUGAAAAACAGUUGAUUAAAUUAAUAGAACAAUUUCCAGAGUCUUUUUUUACUACUGAAUAUCAUGAGAAUCAGAAGGCAAAUAUACUGUUUUUUCAAGAGUUGGGACUUAAGAAUAAUAUAAUCACCAGGUUCUUGACAAGUGCACCCAAUGUUUUCUGCAAUCCUGUUGAGAAAAACAAAAACGUGAUCGAGGCAUUACAAAGAAAUUAUUUAAGUUUAGGAGGUUCUGAUGCAAAUAUGAAGAUCUGGAUACUGAAGCUAUUGAGCCAAAAUCCAUUUAUUUUAUUAAAUACCUCCACCGUAAUCCAGGAGAACUUGGAAUUUCUCCAAAAGAAUGGUUUCACUGACCAUGAAGUCCUACAGCUGCUGUCCAAACUUAAAGGUUUUAUUUUUCAACUUACUCCUACCACUAUGCAGAAGAGUAUGCUUUUUUCCAAAAAUGUCUUUAAGUGCAGUGAUCAAGAAUUGAAACAGCUAGUGCUGAAAUGCCCAGCCCUUCUCUACUAUUCUGUUUUGGUUUUGGAAGAAAGGCUUGAAGGACUACUGAAGGAAGGAAUUUCUGUAGCACAAAUUAGAGAGACACCGAUGGUGCUGGAGUUGACAACGCAAAUUGUUCAGUACCGAAUUAAAAAACUCUCUGCUUUGGGGUACGAUAUAAAGAGUGGAACUCUAGAAAGCUUGAAUGGUACUAAGAAAGAUUUUGAAGUCAACUAUGGUAAGAUACAAUCAAAGAAGGAGAGGCCAAUUUUUAAUCCUGUUGCUCCUAUACACACUGAAGAUUAA